UCCUGCCCCGCCGCGGCUCUGCCCCCCCGGGGAUGAUGCCGGUUAUUUAUUGCGCUGCCCAGCACGGGCUGUCCCCAGGGCUCGGUGUCCCCUUUCAGCGUCGGCCGCGUGUCCUUGAAGCGGCGGCGGUGGCGGCGGCUCCCCGGGGGCUCCGGCAGCCGCGGCGCUCACGGACACUCGCCCGCAGCCUGGAGCCUCCCGAGCACAUGCAGCAGGGAGACGAGGCACCUCUCCUCUGGCCACCUGCUGAUCCAAUCCCGGGUUCCCCCCUUUCCUAGGCACCGCUCUGUUCUGGGAACAACUGUGAGAACUCUGCCCGAUGCCCUCAGAACAUGUCUGAUUGGACAAGUCUGUGGUAUGUCUGGUUGAUCUUGCUGAUGGUGUUCCUGCUCCUGCUCUGUGGGGUCUCAGCGAGCUGUGUCAAAUUCUGCUGCCGGAAGAAAAGGCUUCCAGUGGAGACCUUCCCUCGGCACCCUUGUGACCUGACAGUGAUUGGCAUUGACAGUGACAGCACUGCCCACAGCACAGUGACCUCAUACAGCUCAUGGCAGUACCCUCCAAGUGUCCAGAUUCCCUUGGUAUUUGUGGAUAUGGAUAAGAACACUGUGUCCCCUCCUGCUUACAGCCUCUAUGCCAUGGACCUGCCACCUUCCUAUGAUGAAGCUGUUCAAAUGGGAAAGCAAGUGGCACGGACAAACCAGAAACUUGAUGAAAUCCCUGAACAGGUGACACCAUGUGGGCUGAAUCCCAGCCAGUCCCCACCUGACACAAUCAACAGAGAUCCAGCAACACAGGCAAAUUCAGAAGAUUCAGAAGUUGCCACGAAAGAACAGCCACAGGUCUGACUCAGUUCAGAUGGGGAGAAAAGUAAGGGAAGGACUGUAAGAGUUAAAGAAGACAUGAAGAGUUUGGGUUUAUAAGUAGGUUAUGAUGGAAAGAUAUUUCUUCUCAUGCUCUUGUAAUGAUCUGUCAGAAGAAAUGUUUUCUGUGACUGCUGUAAUCCCCUGGUAAAGCUUCUUCAAGGAUAUGAAAUGAGGUAAAAGGGCAGCAGUUUAAAAAUGCCUGUAAAAGUGGGACGUGAAUGCGUGUUCAUCUUCUGAUAAAAAAAAUUGUUCCUUGUGUCCAGCAAUAAAAAAGGUUAGGAGAAUUUUGCCGCCUUGGGAAUACACACUCAGAACAGCACAAACAGGAAGCUGUUGUACUAGAACAGAAGUUUCCCAAGCUGGAGUUGAAGGGGGAAUCCCAGCAAGUGACACUGAACAGCCUCUGUAGUUUCUCUUCUUUUGAGAACACCAACUGCCCAGGAAACUGCUGAGGACAAAGUGCUGCACAGUGGCUCAUGUUCCUCAAGGAGCAGGAAGAUGCCAGGACAGGAGAGCGUGGAGGGAAAUGCUUUGUGUUGUUUCACAC